AUGCGGCUGCCGGAGCUGUGCCUGGCGCUCCUCUACGCCGCCGGCAGCGGCACCGAAGCGCCGCGGGCAGCCCGGGAGCGGCCGCUGGCCCCGGGACGCGGGGAGCCCCGCGUGGAUCCCCGGCAGGCGUGGAUGCUGCUGGCCGGGAGCCCCGGGAGGGGCAGCGGCGAGCGGGGCCGCGGCGGCUCCGGGGCUCUCACGGCAGCAGCGGGCCCCGGCUCCCCGGGAAAAACAACCGCGGGACCCGGGGCCGGCCCGGCCGCCCCCGCCGUGCCCGAGGAGCUGCUGAGGGAGCUGCAGCUCCUGCUCAGAGGCACGGCAAAGAUGUGCAGGACAGCUGGGGAAGGGUCUAAGGAGGAGCAAAGCAGCAAAGGCGGCGGCCAGGCCGGGGCUCAGCGUCGUGUGGAAGCAGCUUUCCAUUGCCAAACGCGUGCAGACAUCGCUGUGGAGCAGAAGGCGUGGCAGGAGCUGGGACCGUUCUACAUUCCUGAGAGGGAGGAGAUGUUCCACCGUGGCCCGGGGCUGAACCUGACCAGCGGGCAGUACACAGCCCCCCUUGCAGGAUUCUACACCUUCAGCAGCACGCUGCACAUCGCGCGCAGGGAGCCGCGGAGGAAGAGGCAGGGAUGGCGAGGGAGCCGCCUGCGGGUGCUGAUCUGUGUGCAGUCCUGCUGCCAGCACAACAGCCACCUGGAGAGUGUGUCCCAGCUGGAGAGCAGCGGGGACCUUUUCACCAUCUCUGUCACGGGCACCCUUUACCUGCAGGCUCUCCUCUCACCAUUCAAAGUGGCUCCGAUUUCAGUGCUGUGCUGCUGGGAGUGUGAAGAGGCUGAACCGUGCUGAACCUGUGCCAGGAGCAGCCACACCCUUCCCUGUGCCAGCCACCAUCGUCUCCCCUGCUCAGCACCCAGCCUAAGGAAGACCAUUUGCUCAUACAGGGAGCUGCAGUCUGGUCUGACACUGCUCGUGCUGCAGAACCAGCUGAAGAUGGACAAAAGAUCAUGAAGAAGAAGAUGAUGAUGAUGAUGAUGAUGAUAGUAAUAAAGAAGCCUGAGCAGGACCUAAA